AUGACUUAUUCAUCAUAUCAAAUAUGUUUAUGCUCAUUUCAUAUAAUAAAUAUUUUAAUGGAAUAUUUUAUAAAAUAUAAAUUUAAAAUUGAGUGUAUCAUUCAUGAUAUUACUGAUUAUAAACAACAUAUUUAUUCUAUUGAUAGUGAAUUACAUGAAAGACUUCAUAUAGUAUGGUUGGGAUAUUUUUAUGAAUUAUAUGUACAACCAGAUUCUUUAUAUGGAAUAAUGUGGAUAUUUAGUCCAUUGAAUGAUAAUUCACAAAUUAUAAAAACUAAUCUUAUAUGGUCAAAGAAAAUUCCAGCGAAAUUUCGAUUUCAUUGUUCUUAUUGCAAUCAUAUAUGGACAUCGAAAAAAGGAUAUAUUAAUAUAUUUAUUGGUCAUCGUCCAUUAAACAGAAUAAUUGAUCAAUCCGGUUAUAUAAUUAAUAUUUAUGAAUUUCUAUUCUCUUUAGAUCAACAGAAAUGUACUCAAUGUAAUUCGAAUAAAUUAAUUUCAGGAUCAACAUAUCCACAUGAAGUGAUAAAAGUUUUAACAUACAUUCGAAAUUAUAUUACUAUUAAACCGAUACAUUUCAAUACAACUCAAUAUGGAUUCCAAAUUGAAUUUUUGAAAAAUUCAUUUACUUUUAAUCAACAAAAGUCCAUAAACAAAGAAACCAUUAAUUCUCAGAUCGUAUCCAAUAGUAACGGUGAGACAUUCAAAGAAAUCUGCUCAACGAAAAACGAUCAAUUCUUUGAUUCUUUAAAAAAGUCCAGUGAAAUUUCAAAGUUCAUUAAACAUUCAAAAAAUUACCCAUUCAAUGAAGCAAGUAUCGAAUGUAAUCAUCAUACUUUAUCUAUUACUGAAGGAAAAUCAUCAGUACAAUUAUUAAAAGACAACAAUCAAGAAGUUAUUAUGACUAAAAAUAAAUUAAAUAACAUGAACAAGAAUGAUACAAAGAACCGGUCAGUUUGA